GAGCUGCUCUCCUCGUACGCAAGCAGCAGUGCCGAUAGUGAUUAGAUCAACAGGAAGAAUAAUCUUUAUCGUCAAUAAAUGGAAUUACAGGAGCAGGGAAGACUCUCAGCAUCUUGGGUUGGCCCGUAGUGCAAAGACCUUUGGACCGGCUAUUGAAGCCGGUCUGUCUAUUAUGCAGUGUGAACGAACGAACACAAUCGAAAAACUAGAGCAGCAGGAUGAAUCCUUAUAAGUCGCUGUAGUGUUUUCUAAAGAUUGAUUUUGAAAACUGGACAAAAAUAAUGUGAUUUACAAAUUAAACUCAAACGUGUAAAACUCGAAGCAUGUGGAAAACAGAUUCAAUAAUUUUAUAGUGGUUUAUUCUAGUUUUUGAACGAAGAACAGGCCAGUAAUUGGACAUCGAGAAUCUAGUUAGGCGUAAUAAAAAAAAGUCUGCCGACACCUUUUGAAGCCACCCUACCAGGCCGUGCGUCUCGCCUAAAAACCAACGCACUUCGACUACGUUUCGGACUUUUCUUGCGCGCAUUAAUGUGUUGGUUGAAUGCUGCCUCUAUGCGAACGAGUCUCGUCGCCUUCGUAGUCGCCAAUCGCCAUCCAUUCGUGAAAAGCGAGCCAUCAUCAGUGCAAAGAAAAGCAAGUGUGUGCUUUUCGCGAUUUCGGUGGAGCAAGAAAAAAGACAUUUUGGAUUUCGUCGUGCGUGCGGCUGCAAGCCACCAUUGGAAGUAGUUUUUUCGCUCUUUAGCUGCUUUUUGUUGUGUGAAGCCGUUGUCUGCUGGUCGGGAUUUGGUGAAAAACCUUCACGGUAAAAUUUGUCAGAAUGUUCCGUCGGCUGGCUCGCAUAAGAAGAACUUGCUCGAGCCCGCAGUGGAUGCAGAAAUAAGAAAAAGAAACCCUGGUAGCGCUGCAGCAGGGCAAGAAGCGAAUAAAAAGAAGAACGUCCGAGGGGGACGAGUGUAGUGUAGAGAAAAGGAUUUUUUUGAGACCCCCAUAUUCUCCACUGAUUUUCCAACACAAACGUACAGCCCCAGUGGCAGAAAUCGCGACCGUGUCGGUCGAAAAAAGUGCGAACAUCACAGGCGCGGUGAGUUGGUGUGCGUGCAAUGUCUUUCCAACGGCCCGCCAGUGUGCGUGAGUAAAAACUUCAAAGUGUCGGACUGCGAACGUAUGUGUGCGACCGUGCGGUGACAUUUUCUUUUUUCUACACACUCAUCGCAGCAGCAAAAUUCGUCGCGAUCGCUCAUCAUCGUCGUUCCAGUGAAGCAGUUUUCAUCUAUUUUUCGAAUUUUGCUGAAAUUGCUAUUGAAGAAGAAGAAACAAGAACUCAAGGGAAAAUGUGAUCUGUGGAAAAGCGGAAGUGUCUGUGCCGAGUGCAGUGCGCGAACCAUUUUCACAGACAUGACGAUCUGCCAGCAACAGAGGAAAUCGGUUUGGGUUUGCCUGUGAGUGGAUCAGUAGUUUUUUUAGAUUAGGAAGUUAGUCGCUCUGCUUUUCGGUGUCGAGUUGGAAGAGCCCGCAGUUGGUUUCGAGAGUGUCUAGAAGAAGCUCUCCCCGGAACUAUUCGUGGUAGAAUAGUCAUCGAGGGAGGAGGACAUUAAAAAUCCGGCAACAACAGAAAAGUCGUGCCCCUGGUGCUGCCAGGAAAAAAAGUGGCCCAUUUUCUUUCGUUUUUGUCUUUCUCUUGAUUUUGGGAUUCCAAUGUGAAAGCACAGUAACGAAGAAAACAAAGAAUAAACCGAAAGGAAGAAGUGGUAACAGCAAGUGCAAGAAAGAAGCUCCGCUUGUCCGGAUAUAAUUUUUCUUCGCCUCACGUUCGCCAAGAUGGCUCCGUCUCCGGAGCUCGGGGGUCAACCGAAAGCCCCCGAUAAAGCUGGAACGGAAACGAUCAACAGUGGAACGGCGGCCGGCAUCGGACCGUCGGAAAUAUCUACUGCUGCUGCAAAUAGCAGCAGCAGCACAUCGCAAAGUUUGUCCGGAGUGAAACACUCUACGUCAACCACCACCGCAUCUGCGGCAGGAGCAACAACCGUUUCCAUUUCUGGCAGUUUCGGUGGUUCCUCAACGGCAGCAGGAACCGCCGCCGCUGCAGCAUCGCAGCAAACUCCGCAGGACAGCAGCAAGAUCGAUAACAUGGCGGAGAGUGAUCUCAAGGCGCUUCUGGAAGAAGCCAUCACCUACAAAUGUCCGAAGGACCGUGAGCACAAAAGUGCAACGUUCAAUGAACUUCUCAGCAAAACAGAGAUGGAAGACCAGGAACAGAACUUUCCCUUCACGAGCCGUCCUGUGCAAUCCAAGCGUGCCUCGGGUCGGCCCACGCAGGGCGGCUCCCUGCAGGACCUCCAGGAGGCCAGUCUGCAUGAUUACUGUUACUCGGAGUUUCCCUUCGCAAACGACUGCUACACCAAUCUGGGCGGGUUGGGAAUGCAGACCUCCCGGCGGCACCACGGUAUCGGCAGCUCCGGCGUAAGCUAUGGUCCCGGUGGUGGCGAUCGGGCCAUGAAUCCCCGACAGAAAAAAUACACAAGCUCGGUGUCUUCCCGGCAGCGGGAAGGCGGCAGUCUGCCAAGCAACGUUAACGUCGAAUAUCCGGUUUUCAACGAGGUUGGUCAUCAUCAUACAACCGGCACGAUCACCAAAAUCAAAAAGCGAGAGGGCGGUUCGAAGAGCGACUACAGUGCGAUGUUACUAACAGCACCUAUGACUAGCGCUGGGGCAGCCGAACUUAUCACUACAGUAGCGGAGGUCGCCGGAGGUACCGGUUUCUCCAGUGGAAUGAAAAAUACCGAAUCUCAGCUAAUUGACGGCUGCGGCGGUGGCAUCGGCGGAAGUCACACCGUUAUCGACAUGGGAGAGCUGGAAUCUGACGAAACGCAGCAUCUGCUGGCACACGAUGCCUUGCAACAGAACCUGUACGACUCUGUGUUGGACGAUUUCGAGGGAAACAGCACGGAUCUGUACGGCAGUACAUCCAACACCGGAGGCGGCAGUACGACCGGCGGUGCCGGAAGUGGUUGCAGUGCGCUGAAGAAAAUUCCACGCUUCCCGACUGCAAGUUACACUAGUCAUGCCAAACUGGAGAUUGGCGAACCGUCGUCCACGGUGCGACCUUCGUCGGUGCAUCACGUCGACAAGACCGUUUCGCUGCCAAUGCUGGAAAGCAACAAGAGCGUCGACAUCACACCGAUCCAACUGGGAUCCAGCUAUCAGGCUGUCAAAUGUAUCGUAUCGAGCGACAGCAGCAAGAGCGACCAAGCGAAGCACGUUAUGAUGGGCAUCAGUACCAACAACGCCAAGUACAUCACGACGCAGAGCUUCAAUCAGAUAAUUUCACAGAAAUAUUUGGAUGAGAACGGAAAUUCGGUGCAGCAGUUCGGCAGUUCCGCUUCGUCAUCCGCUGGCGGAGGUGGAAGCGGCACCGGGGGUAAUACCGGAGGAGGGGCAAGUGGCAAUAAUAGUUCGUCAUUAGGAGGAAGUGGUGGCGCAGGAACCGGAAGUGGAGGUGGCAAGAAAAGCCGCAAACAACCGAAAUCCGAUCGCAAUACGGUGCUUGUCAUACCGGAGAACAUCGAGGGCUAUCGGGGCAAGGAUACCGAUAUUGAGUCGCUGGUUUGCUACAUUGAAAAUAAGGACAAACAGAAAGAGGGUAAAGGUAGCGGUGGUGGAGGAGGAAAUGGAACCGGAAACAGUGGAAGUGGAACUAAUCCCAAGAACGGAACGCUGUUCAAGGUUGGUGCUAGUAACAACAGUGCUGGAAACGGAAACAGCGCUGCUGGUGUCGAGAAUGGGCUUACCGAAGAGAAAGCACCGAAGAAAAAGGGGGAGAAGAAAAAAGAGAAAGCCAAGCUGAAGAAGAGUAACUCACUGGAGGAAUUAAGCAGUUGCAGCAGGAAAAAGCAGCAAGCGGAAGACGAACAAAACACUCAACGGCAACCUAAUAACACCGUCGAGCAGCAGACAGUUUCUAGAGUAACGACAACACAUGAAGGAACAGAACCCAGUGUGGUUACGUUGAGAAACAACAAGACCAACAAGAAAGGUCAAAACUGUAACAGCACUGCAUCUUCUUCGGCUUCUUCCACAACCUCAUCGCAGUCUUCGAAGGAUACUGCAACGAGUACGGCAACAGGAGGUGGUAAACGAGGUGAACGGAGAUCUUGGGGGACAGAAGAACUUAGCUUCUUGGAAGACAAAAAUCAGGUUGGUGCAAAUGGCAACGAGAAGGCUGAGGAAAAAUCUUCCUCCUCUAAGAAGGAAAGUAAAAAGGAAGCCAAAGAUAGUGCUGAAGCGGCUAUCCCGACCUUCAAUCUCACCAAAAAGCGCGAUUCUCUUCGGAUGUCAGUGGAGUCACUGUCCGCGGUUAGCGUUAGUGGAACAGCUGAGACGGCCGAGUUUCAUGUCGUGACAAAAAAGAAAAAGAUGAAGAAAAAAUCUCAAAGCUUAUUUGCCGAAGAGACAAACACGGGAGCCGGCGGCAGCAUAAGUGCGAACAACAAGCGACACUCGACUGUUGGCCAAGGUUACAGUAUGGGCAGUGCCGGUAGCGGUGGCCGCAACGCAAAUGUGACGGGCCGAUAUCAACCUAGUCACAAUUUCACGAACGAUCGCGACGUUUACAUGAGUUCACUAACAACCAGCGGAAAUGAUGUUUCACGAAGGAAAUCCACUUCAUCGAUGCCACCGUCGGAAAAGUCUGACUCUAGUGAUGCCGAAUCGGUACAGUCGCUUCCAAUCGAACCCACCCGGAAGCAACAGCAAAAGAGCAGUGCUGCAGGUCACCAACCGAACCGCAACCAGCAGUCGGGAAUGGUUCCACAGUCUUACGCAGAUAUCGCACGGAUUCCAAACGCCGAUAAACUGAACAACAAUCUGUUAGGAAACAGCACAAGCAAUAGUACUACGUCAGCACUGGACAGUACGAGUGCGGACCGGUGGCCACCGGUGCAAGCCACAGCAAGUGAAGAUUUAGCUCAAGCCCUAAAAUCGCCGUCUGCGUUCCCUGAACUAGUCCCUGAUUCAUCGUCGUCAACGCUGCCCCAAGCACAGCAUCAAAACCAGCAGCAAUAUCAACAGCAGUAUGUGAAUAAUAGUGUUAAUAUCGUUAGUAGUAACAAUGUAGGUAACAACAAUAAAGCAACUUAUUCGCAAAGUCUCCUGAUAGCGGCAGCGAGCACCAAAGCAACGUCAGGCACAGAAGAAGAAGACGUGAUCCGACAGCGAGUAGCCAGUGGUAAACUAGUUGCCAGUAGUGUUGUAAAUAGUGAAUCGAUUACUAGCAGCGGUUGUACCGCCAGUACCAAUAGCAACAACAAUUACAGUAGUAGUAGCAGCAGCAGUACCAGUAGCAACGGUGGUGGCAGCAAUUCCAAACUAGCGUUGCACAAAUCGAAGAGUGUUGACAACACCGACAUCUACUAUUCGAAUGAACAUUACCCGGCACUCGAAAAAACUGUCAAGUCAGCCAAAGUGGGUCCUCUUCUCGCUGCAGCUACGAACAGCACGAAUUUAGUGGUUUCCUCAGCUACAGGCCAGUUUCAAAAUGUUCCCACGUAUCCCGCAAGCAUGUCGGCUGUCAACAGUAAUACGAAUCAGAAUGCUUUGAGUGGUGCCAAAAAGUCGAAAAAGAAGGAUUCGACCUUCCUUGUUGCUCCUGCUUCAACAAUCACUGCGAACGAAGUUGAAACGAUCAACAACGCUAGGAACACAGCGUCCUUCCAGCCUACGCUGAUGGACACAAUCAACAAUAAUCCGGUGCUAAUCGAGAACGUCGAUGAAAGCGUCAUCGACUACUCGCAGAACAAUGGACUCAUAAAUCGAACCCCGAAUGGGCCGGUUAAUCUUGCACAGUCUCAUCCGCCUCAGAGCACUCCGAAGAACUAUGCCAGUAGCAAUAAUAACAGCAGUGUCUCGGUCUCCUCUACCACGUCGAACGCUAUUGUUUCCUCAAAAAGAAACAAGAAGGAGAAAUCUACCUCCCAGCCUGUCACGCAACCACAGCAGCAGCAGCAAACCCACGGUACUCUCACACAUAGUCAUCAUUCGGUCCCCACGUCAAACACGAACGCGGUUGUGAACUCAGGUUCAAAUCAUCGUCCAGCAGUGAUAAUCAUGAACGACAACAACGACUCUUCGGGAUCGACAAAACACGAGUUUACUUUCGGCUUCGACAUCGACCAAGAGCUCCUGUUUGGUGACUUCCAGGAAGACGAUUUGAGCAUGAUUGAGCAGCCGACUUUACCUUCACAACAACAGCAAUACCACCAAUAUCAAAACCAGCAGAAGCCUUCCUCCCAUCAUGGGCAGGAACAGCAGCAGCAGCAGCAACAACCGAUUUACCACAACAGCAGCGAAAAUAAUGUUCCUUCCCCGACGAGUAACACUUCCGCCCAGUCAACGGAUCUUGGCUACAGCUCGAUGCAGCAAUCGUCUCUAUCGAUUUCGUCGCCUUCUUCCAGCAGCUCGUCGUCACAACACAGUCAACAGCAACAGCCACCACCGCCUCAACACCAGCAUCAGCAUCAUUAUCACAACCAAUCGCAACAUCAGCAACAACAACAACCGGACACGACAUACGAAACGUUGAACAACUCGACUGACCCUGACACUUAUCGGGACAGCAUCGAGCACAAGUUCCACCAACCGCCACCACAAAUGGUUCCCCCUCUUUAUUCACAACCACCGCCACAGCUGCCCCCGCCACACGUGCUAGCUGCGCAUCAACAGCAGCAGCAGCAACAACAACAGCACCACCUUCAUCAUCACCACCAAUCACGACAGCCUCGCCCAGUUACUACGACUAACCAUUACAACCUGCCGCCACCGCCAGUCAUUCCGGGUACUCAUCACAACCUACAACAGCAACAGCAACCUCCGCUGCCACUGAAACAGGACAGUGCAACAAACACGUCACCGGCGAUGGUCAUAUCGGCCAACACUGCGCCAGCUAUCAUGACCGUUCCACCGCCACCCUUACCGCCAGUUGCCUCCGGGGUUACAGCCCCAAUUCCGCUGGUGGUCGCUCAACCACCAACCACAGUGGUACUCCUACCACCGGUCGUGAUUUCAGUCAACACCAACACCGCCGGCUACGUGAGUAGCAGCCGUAGCAAUAGCAAUAACAACAGCCCGGCAGCCACGGUCAGUUGCAACAGCAGCAGCAGCAACAACACUACUAGUCUCAUCAACCAAUCAACGAUCAGCAGUGGCAGCAACAGCAGCAUCAGCUCGAUUGCCUCCCAGCAAGAGCCAAAACCACAACGGCAAACGGCUAACAACGUGGUCACCCCUACGGCGGUGCAACAGCCGCAGCAGCAGCAACAACAGCAGCAGCACCAAACAACUGGCAGUGCAGUUCCUGUGCUCCGGGAAAAGGUUAAGGAGAUCAAUCUGCGCUUCAUAGCGCCGGAGCAGCUGCCAACCAAUCACAACCACGACAAGAUUGUGAACUUCGUUGGAAUGGCGUGGGAGGACAUCAUCUGCGGAACCAAUGGCAGCGCCAAAUACUACGACGGACAAUAACCACCCACUAAGCCACGCUCGUGUGGUUGUCGCACCAGUGAGAGUGAAGAAGAAAACUUAUUUGGAGCCUCAACGUAAGCGAUCGCCAGAAAAACUCGUGCAUACAAAAAAAAAAAAACUUUCCCAUGUCAUCGCGUGCCGCAACGGCGCGCGCAAUUCGGACUGAAAGAGACAAGAAAACGUGAUUGCCAGAAAGAGAGAAAAAGUAACAAAAAAAAUACCGAGAACAGGUAGCAGGAAGAAAGCAAGACUAAAUCGAGCAGCAACAAGAAUCUAUGUCAUUGUAGGAAUAGAAAAAAAAUGAUUGAAGAAUGAAAAAAAAAAUCAAACGAUAACUAAUGCCAAGCAUUAACAAAAAAAAAUCAUAUAAAACUAAACGAGAUACGCGCGUGCGUGCAGGUGAUGCGAGUGACAGAAAGAGUCAUCCACACAUACCCACAUACACACAAUGAAGGAGUUGAAACCACUCACACCCAUAAACACACACACAACCACACAGUCAUGCACGCACUCACAAAAAAUCGCCCGCACGCAUUUUUUGUUCUUGUUUUCUUUGCUUCUCGAAGUGAGCUUCGUUUUUUUUUCUUGUUCGAUAUCUUCCUAAGUUAAGGUCAAUGAGCUCACAGUUCUGCGACAGUUGUAUAUUACCAAUAGCGAUUGUUGUUGUUCUACACACACACAAUGAUGGUUCCGAAUGACGGCAAGGCGAGAAGGAAGAAUAGUAUCAUUAGCAGUUGCAACCGUCUGUGUCUAUCCUUCGGGUUUGGUUUGUUUUAUGAAAAGAAGAAAAGUAAAACGAGAUAAACAAAUCCGAGUGCAUGUUUGUUGCUGCUUUGGGUUAACUGUUGUAUAUUAUCUAAAAACAAUGCGUCAGAGAAAAAGAGUAAAGAAAAAAAGAAGAAGAAAAACAGAACGGCGAAGUCUACUAACUCUAGUUAAACAUUAUUAUCUUUAUUAUCAACAUACUGUUUAUUUUAUUCAUGAUUCUUUAGUUUGUUUUCAGUUUUUUAUUGCCUAUUGUUUUGGGAAAUGUUAAGAAUAAAACCAAAAUGUACGAAAGCGAAGAGUGUCUGAGAGCGAGAAAAAGAGAGUUUAGUUAGUAACGCUUUGAGUAAUAGAGUGAAGAAAAGAAAAUGGUUUGUGUCUGUUGGUGGAAAUAAAGAAUAUCAGUUUUUUUUCUUCUUAACACAUAAAAACGAAGGAUAUCAUUACACUUAGUCAUUGUGAAUGUCGCGCAAGUGUGCGUGUGUACGUGAGCGACUGUUAACGGCUCAUAAAACAGAAACUAUUGUCGAACAAGAGCGAGAGAACGAGACAGUAAGUUGUCCCAUAACAGUUAAUGUGAUUUCUAGAGUAACUAAUAAUCGAUAGGCAAAAAGAAACAAAGCAAGUAAAUCUACACUUGGGCUGCCACAGAAGUUGCGUGAGUGCUCCCACGACGUUGUUUCCCUCCAGUCAGGUGGUGGUGGUGGUGGAGGAGGAGGAGGGCACUCUAACUCUCUCCCCCCCCCCCCCCCCCCUUUGUCACGCGCUGGAGUGAAGAGAAAAUAGGGAUUAAAACAUUAAAACAUAGAGGAAACAAGGACUGCUGCAGCUUCGAAACUGUAUCAAAGUUACUGACUGUAUUUAAGAAUAUAUUAAAAGAAGAAAAGAAAAAUAAUUUAUAUUUAAAAGAAAUGAGAGGAAAAUAGAAUGCUUACAUAUUUAGUAUCUAAUAGCAAAGAAAAUUAAGAAAAGGAACAGAAACCGACGCUGGGAUGGUAUGCGCGAUGUUACGAAAUAAAAAAAAACAAGUGAAUGGAGUAAAUUAAAAUCGAGCAAAAAGGACGAUCCAUUAGAUAGUUUCGGAAAAAAAUUAAAAGAAUAAAAGCAAGGAUUAUUAACUAGCCAGCUGUGAAAAACUAAAAAACACCUACGAUACCAUCGCGUGUCCUCUAUUCACACAAACACGCGCGAAACCAUCAACACACACACAUACGCGUCUUAUCAGCACACACACACGCAUGAACACAAAUCAUCCUCAUCGCUCUAAUCUAGUGUCAAUAGAGAGCGCUUGUUCAUCAUUGCCAUCAUCGCCAUGGUCAAACGCUCAUGUAUUUCAGUGUGUGUAUAAACAAAAAAAAAAUAUCUAGGAGAGCAAAAGCAAAAAAAAAAUUGAAAUCGAGUCGAGAAAAUUGUAUAUUUUUCCUGUUGUUGAUUUCUGCUUACCCAUGCGGAAUGUGCGCAAGUGGCGAGUGCAAGGGUCGCGCAUAGAAUUGUUAUUGUUUCAUCUUUUUCUGCUGCGGGAAAAAGAAAUAAAAAUCAAUAAGCAAAACACAAAGAAAACCAGCAAUUUUGGAGCAUGAAAAAUCGCCGUUGCGAGGGAACACCUCCUGCCCGAAAACCUCAGAAACAAAAUAAGAGGCGAGUUUUUGAGGUUCAUUCAUAUUUGUUACGAGAAAAAAAAACUAAAGUUGGGCAAAUGUUUAAUUUAGUCGAGAACAAAAACUGCUUGAAAAAAAGAAGAAAAAAAUAAAAUAAA